UCUUCGUUGGUUCGUGUAUUUUUUAAGCAAUUUUUAUGAGAAAAUACCGCUGAAAAUGAGUGAAAUACCAAAGCUAAAAGCGCAAAUUGUGUCCCGAUUCACCAUAAGCGGUUUUCAGAUACGAAGCGAAGCCAGUAUCUUCCUGGCCCAGCAGAUCGCUCCCCUAGAGGAAGCGAACCGCAAACGAUGGCUCCACAACAUCGCCAGCCACGUGCAGGGCCAGAACCUGGAGCAACCGGUGGUCGAAAAGAAGCACAUCGAACUGGCCAUCAAGGAGGCGAACAACACCGGCUUGGAUGACAACGAAACCAUCUUCAGCGUGAUCAAUGCCUUCGACGUACCCCGGUUCCGUUACAACGAAGAGAAGAAAAAGUUCCUUCCGGACAGUGGGCCCCGAAGUCUACUGCCGGGACCGGAUGCCAAGUCGGAGUACAUCCGCGAUCGAUACCAGAUGCUGUGGCAGAAAACCAGUCGACACGAGAUGUUCAAUUCUAGUAAGAUUACCUCCAACAACAAUGUCAAACGGUUGACCCUGAGGAAGAUCGAAACGUUGCUGUCGACGUCAAAGAUGAAUGAGGUCGUCAUCCUUGGUCUAUUAACCCAACUGACCGAAGGUAAAUUCUACUUGGAAGACCCAACGGGAGUGGUACCGAUCGACCUCAGCGAAACCGUGUACUCCUCGGGACUGUUCUGCGAGGGUUGCUUCGUGCUGGCUUGCGGAAAGUUCCGCGACGGAACGCUCAAGAUCGAAGAGAUGGGGUUCCCGGUAACGGAGCUGGCCUCCAGCAGCCGGGCAUUCUACGGAACCGUCAACACGUGGGGAGGGCGAUCGAAGAAUCUGCUUAAAUAUUCCAGGAAAUUGGCUGAAUUCGAGGAGAAAAAGGAAGAUGACACCAUCGUUUUCUUGGCGGAUUGCUGGUUGGAUGAUCCGACUGUGAUGAGCAAACUUAAACAGCUCUUAACCGGUUACAAUGCUUUCCCUCCCCGAGCCAUAGUGCUGAUGGGUCCAUUUGCCAAGAUGAACGAAAAUGCAUACGCUUUGAAGAGGCGCUUCCAGGCACUGGGUGACAUCCUGGCCGCCUGCGAGUGUCUUAAGGCAGAAACCGAUGUGGUAUUGGUACCGUCAAGUGAGGAUCCCAUGGCAGCAAACAUCCUGCCACGAGCACCGCUUCCGGAAUGCCUGAUCGGAGAUUUGAAGAAGCGCUAUCCGAGAAUCGUGCUGGCCACCAAUCCAUGUCGGUUGCAGUACUGCACUCAACAGAUCGUGGUCUGCCGGGCGGAUUUGGUGACGAAACUUUGCCGCAACACGAUCCACUUUCCCCAGAGCGGGCAGUUGGAGGAUCAUUUUUCACGCACACUCAUCAGUCAAGGAACGCUGGCACCGCUGCAUCCGAUUGCCUUCCCCGUGCACUGGAACUAUGACGCAGCCAUGUCUCUGUAUCCACUGCCGGAUUUGAUCGUGGUUGGCGAUCCCUGCCAAGGCUUCCAAACGACGGAACAGAGCUGUACGGUGAUGAAUACCGGAUCAUUUCCAAAGUCGAAGUUUGCCUUCAAGGUGUACAUUCCGUCCGGCCGGGCGGUUGAGGAUUCACAGAUUCCGGACUGAUAAAAAAGCGGGUGUGUUUUGACUCAGAUGGUUAUGAAUAAAACCGUCCGUGAUCAUUCUAAAUCUCAAUUUAUCUAUAUUUCAAUCGACUGAAAGUUGAACGAUUUCAAUUAGAUUAACUCAUUUCUCUAGCACAG